AUGCCGCGGCUGCCGCUCGCGCUGCCCGCGUGCCUCUCGGCCGCUCUCGCCCUGGCGGUCCUGCCAGCGGGCGCGCGGGCGGCGAGCCCUAUGGAACGAGGCGACGACGCGAUCCUCGGCGAAGACCAAGACGAUGACUUCAACAUUGAUGACACACUAGAUGAUGAGGACCUGAUGGAGGACGGGAGCAAGCCCACCAAGCGCCGCACGAGGCCCAAAAAGGCUUUUUGGGAGGAGAACGCGACCUCGUACAUUGACGAGAUCAUCCCCGUUUUGCGGUCAGACAUGAAGGAGGCAGCAACGCAGGUGAGGUUUGCACUGGCCUUGUUCAAGGAGAGGCAGAAGGCAAUGGAGACGGCAAAGAGGGAGGCGACUGAGGCCAUGAAGGAGCUCCGUCGGGAGGCAGAGAAGCGCCGCCAGUCUGCGGGCCAACGAAGAAUGGCCAAGGAGAAGGAGCGCCGGGCAAAGGCAGACUCCAUUCGUCUCGCCAAGGAGGCGAUGAUCAAGAAAGCGCAGGCCCUUGUGGGCGCGAGGGGCAUGGAGUCCGAGGGCAUCAUGAGUUCAGUGUCGCUGGGCAUCUUGAUGGACGUGCUCAUGGCCCUGCCAGAGGCAGUGGAGAACCCUAUCUUCAACAAGCGCUUGACAAAGGCGAAGGACCAAGCGGUGACGUCCGUCCAGGACUUCCUCAACAUGACGCGCCGCAAGACUUCGAAGUUCGUGCUGGCGGCGGCAAGGGCGUCCGACGUGGAGCUGUCAUUCCUCCUGGCGCGAUACUUCCACGAGGCCUCCUUCCGCACGAAGGCGUUGCAAUCGGAAGGGGAAAAGAUUGCCAGGGAUCUCAACGUCGUGAUGCCCAGGGAGCUGAGGAAGAGCUUCGCGCCCAUCGUCAAGGGCCUGCGAUCACAGGCGCUUCCGCUACGUGUGAACGCCAGCGGUCUUGCACAAGCAACCAUCACCGAAGCUUGCGCAGAGAUGGGGUCUCUGAUGGCGAACAUUAGCGACUACAACAAUAAGUUGGCCAACAUGCACAGCUCAAUGCACGACGUCUGGCAGAUCACCGAGCUGAUGCUGCCGAAAAUGGGCAACAUCUACCCCAUGAAGCCCAUCGUGGUAGACACCGUCAAGGACAUGAUGUCAAUGGCGACCAACCAGGUCGCCGGCCUCUCGGAAGCCGCGGACGAGAUCGUGACGAACGUCGGCCCCAUCGUCGCCGAGCGCCUGCAGUGCACCUGGAGCGCCGCGCUCCCGCGCUCCCUCGCGGGCCGGGCCGCGCUGCUCGCGGCCCUCGCCGGCUACCUCUUCGCCUGA